AAGCCCAGCACACGAUCCUCCCCUCAGCCCCAGCUCAGUCUCUCUCUCUCUAUCCCUCCCUCCCCUCCUACCUCUACAGCCUCUCACCCUUCACCCUCUCACUCUCCUCCAUUAAGUUUCAAGUCUAUCUUCUCCUCUGGGCCGAACAGACAGCAAACAGUCAUCCCUCUGAAGAAGCCCUACCUUUAACCAGCACUCAUCACCCUCGACGACCCACCUCCCUGUUGAGCUUUGGCUAGCCUUGCCAAAGUCGCCAUGUGGUCCAGUAUAUUCAGCCAGGAGGAGGAAUUCGGGAGAGGUGGAACAGGGGCCGGUGGAGGGAAGGCGGUGAUGCGAGGGAUAUUCGGAAAACGAAGGGCUCAAGAGUCUGAGCUAAAUAAAAGCCAAAGGGGUAAAGUCAAGUUGGUCUUUCUCAUAGCCCUUGUGGGUGUCACACUUGCAAUAUUCGGCGUGAGCACGGACUACUGGGUGGAGUUGGCCCCACCCAAGGGGUUCUAUGGCAACGAGACUUGUCUUGUGGCUCACUACGGGCUAUGGAAGGGCUGCGUGAGGAGACUGUGGUUGGAUGACAUCGAUCCCAACAGAGAGAGCUGCGGGCCUGCUGGACUCCCUGGAGAAUCAAACUGCACAUACUUCAGAUUCUUCACUUUGGGACAGAAUGCCAUUAUUUUUAAGAGGACGACCACGAAAAGUCUGAACAUGACGACAGCCGUUCUGUCUCUGAUCAGCUUCUUCAUGAUGGCUAUGGGGUGCACGUGCAUCGUCAUGGCCCUCAGCAAGGGAGUGCAGUUCUUCGUAAAGUCCGCCUCAUUCUGCUUCAUUGUCUCAGGACUCCUGCUUUUGGUGGCCCUUAUCAUCUUCCACCAGUCGGUUCUCUCCCUUCUGGGCAGCGAUCAGUCAGUCCCGCUGCAUCAUGAGCUCUCCUCCUCCGUGGCCUGUGUGGGGUCAGCAGGAGCUGUCCUCAUUGUGGGUGGCAUCCUCUUUGUUAUGCUCUUCCUCCCUGGCACACCCUGUAAAUAGUGUCCUCCACAAUACAAGCGCCACCUAGUGACCUGGUGGUGUCAGACCUACAAACAUUUACAAAUACAAUAGGAUUGCUUGUGCUAGAAAUGAAAAGACUGACUGAUAGCGAGUCACUAUGCCCACUUAAACUGACAGAGAACCUGACACAAUCAGCACCAAAUUCGGUGUGAGUAGGGUAGAGUAAAACUAAGGCCUGACAUUAAUUUCUUUACACUUUAGUAUUUUUUAAUAUGAAUAAACAGUUAGACCUGCACAGAAGAUGGGACUAUGACUUAGCCCAUUCCUACAAAACGAUGUCUUACAGAGUAACCUGGAAAUACAAGGAAACACAAACAUAUGCAAGCAGUUUUAUUUCCUGUGUUUGACUUUACAUGUGUUAUCAUGUAAAGUCCAUCCACCCAUCCAUCCAUCUUCUCACUGCUUAUCUUGGUCAGGGACACAGAGUUUUAUUAUUAUUUUUAGUAUUAUUAUUAUGUCUAUGAUAUUUUCUGGGGGUAGAUGACAUUACAACCGUUACUCUCAUAUACAGUUUCAUAAUGCGACACAUCACAUUUUAAUGAGGCCCCAGCACUGCCAACGUAGUGUGCUUUUUCAGGCCUUUUGUGUGAUUCAGCGAUGACUGGCUCUCUCCCGAGAAGCCGUGAAGUAUCGCACUUCUUGGGGAACAGAGCUCGACAUCCCUGCCGCGGGGACUUUGUCCUGGAACGUUGACAGCAACAGAUGCAGAUGGUGACACAGGACGACACCAAGUUGUACGACUUAGCAAUUCCCUGGGAACCGCUUUGAGGCCUUAAUGGAAAAUGAAGAUAAACCUUUGACAAAAUGUUUGUUGUAUAAUAUCUACUUAUGCAAAUGCUGUUUAUAUACUAUAUAUUAAGGUUUUGCAUCCACCUGUGUUUUGAAAUAUACACGAAAAAUGUAUAUACAUGCAUAUAUAUUUUUUUUGCUUUUUUUUGUCUCGGUACUGAAUCGCAGAAUGACAGAGGGUGUAUGACUUUUGUAUAUGAUCUUCUGGGAAUGAUAUUUAAGGGCUUUUAUUUUGUCAUGUCAUAUUCAGAAUGCCUAUUACUAUAAUAAACCUGUGUAAUGAA